UCACCGCCAGACGAGACCACAGAUUAGUUUUAAAGCUGCUGUACUUUCUUAUUUCUGAAAGAAUGCGAGUGGCCCUUCGCUCAUAAUUUUGUUUUUUGUAACAACUGUUUUCUGACUCACCAGCUCCUCUGGAAUAAAACCAGCGACCAUCAACUGUACAUGAACUCAACUUUGUGGUUCUGUGGAGCAGCUGUUCAUCACCUUCUGUCUGCUGAGUAAAGUCUCAAGCCGUCCUUGACGAGUCCAAGGGCUGCCCUCUAGUGGAUGUUGUGAGCAACACCCAAGCUAACGUGAAGGAUGCACAGAAGUAUGUGGACAGCGACGGUUAAAUCGUUUGAAGAGGACGUAUCUAUUUUUGUAUAUAAAGGGAGUAAAACGCUGCAUUCCAUUUACAUCAAAGGUCAGAAGUCGGAACUGGGAGUGACGUCACCUCUAAGUUGAAAACUUGGAUGCUUGCAGGAAAGCCUUUGUUGUUGUUAUGCUCUUUUGCCUCAGAAUAAAUCUACACUCCACCUGCAGAACACCUCAGAGGACGGAGGCGUCACAAAUCAUCACAAGAGUGUGAAUUCCUACAUCCCCUGAACGCACCGCCGUCGCAGAGGAGCACACCGCCGCUCUGCGCUCUGAUUGGCCGUCAGCGGCGGUGGGCGGGGCCGCCAGCGGAGUGCGGAGACAAUAGAGAAAGAAGAGAGCGGCUCCGGAACGAGUCCAGCAGCCGACAGACAGUGACAGACAGGCGGCGGAGCGGACGGCGGAGGGUCCCUGCCGAGGUUCCUGCUUCAGGCUCAGCUUAGCGUCUCUCUGCGCUGCCGAGGAUUAAAAAACAAAAUAAUAUUAACAGUAAUCAUAUUUAAAGGAUCUGCGACGUUUCCUCUGGCAGUUAAAGAGUCAGGUGUUGCCUGUCUGGAUGGAUUGACACUGAAUGCAGCACAUUUUUAAAGGAACUCCCGUCUCCAGACCGUCUCCAGACCAGCUCCAGACCUCGUCCCCUGGCCCGUCCCUCCACAACCAUGAACUCCUCACCCCACGGCUCCCGCGCCUCCAUCGACAUCCUGGAGGAGCUCCAGCUGAUUGCUGCACAAAACCUGGAAAAGCUGGACAUCAACAAAUACUAUGAGGUCGUCCGUGAACUGGGCAAGGGCACCUAUGGGAAGGUAGACCUUGUCAUCCACAAAAUCAGAGGCACGAAAAUGGCCCUGAAGUUUUUGAGGAAGAAGACCACCAAGCUGAAGAGCUUCCUUAGAGAGUACAGUGUCUCCCUUUACCUGUCGCCAUGCCCAUUCAUCAUCAACAUGUACGGCAUCGCCUUUGAAACCGAUGAGUACUACAUCUUCGCUCAGGAGUACGCCCUCGCUGGAGAUCUUUUCGACAUCAUCCCUCCACAGGUGGGACUCCCUGAGACGGUAGCUAAGCGCUGUGUUCACCAGGUGGCUAUCGCCCUGGACUACCUUCACUGUAAGAAGCUGGUCCACAGGGACAUCAAACCUGAGAACAUCCUCAUCUUUGACAAAGAGUGCAGGAAGGUCAAGCUGUCGGACUUUGGCAUGACGAGACGCGCUGGCUCUCCGGUGAAGCGUGUGAGUGGCACGAUCCCGUACACAGCGCCCGAGCUGUGCGACACCUCACGGCAUGAGGGUUUCUGUGUGGACUACAGCACGGACGUGUGGGCGUUUGGCGUGCUGCUCUUCUGCAUGCUGACAGGAAACUUCCCCUGGGAGAAGGCCAUGCCGAACGACGCCUUCUACGAGGAGUUUGUCCGCUGGCAGCGCCGUAGGACGGGCACAGUGCCCUCGCAGUGGCGCCGCUUCACAGAUGAAGCUCUGCGAAUGUUUCGGAGGCUGCUCUCCAUCGAGCAGGAACGCCGCUGCUCUGUUAAAGAAGUCUUCAGCUACUUCAACCAGUGCUGGAUGUUGGACACGGAGAACGGGAACAGCAGCAGCAGCAGUUGUGGUGGCAGUGGAGGAGGUUUGGCGAGCAGCGCCCCUCCUCUGGACAUCAGUUCAUCCUCAUCUGAAGAAGACGUGUUAGUGGACAGACUGAAGCAGCAGAGCCUGUCACCUGCCUGCAUGGUGGCGAAAGGAAGCAUCAUGAUGGACACCCACUACUCCUCCAUGUCCACCAACAGCUCGCCGUCCUCCACCGGCAGCUACGAGCGGGUCAACAGAGAGAACGAGAGAGGACGCAUCCUGGUGGCCACACCCAUCGAGAUCUGCGUGUAGAGGCUGCUGAUGCUGCUUUACAAAGCACCUGCUCACACCUGAGCUGAAGAGGAAGAUUUCUUCCGAGUAUGAGAAACAGGAAGUGGAGGUGUGCGGCGAGAGGUGCUGCUUUUCGUCGGGUGGAUCCGCAGUCAUAACGUUGUAGCUUCACUGUGGAUAUAAUCAUUUCUGAUGAAGAUAAACUCUGAGGAAAUGACCAGUGAGACAAUCACACACUGUAGCCUCCUGUAUGUGGUUUAUACUUCAGUACAAGACAUGAACUCACUGGACAAAAGUGUAAAAAAAAAAAAAAAAAACUGAAGGGAGAGCAACAAAAACAAACAAAAAACAACAUAAUCCACAAGCAGUAUGUUGAAAUGUUUGGAAUAAUCCAAUCAUUGCAAAAUAAUCUGUAGAAAAAGAGAGGGAUGUGAUCGGCUUUUCAUAAAUGGACUGAUGGUACUAUUGUGUUUAUUGUCGUGUACCAUUUUCAUGUCUAGUAGAUAGGUUUCUGUGAAGUGUUUUCUUACUUUUAUUUGGAGUUAAAUUAUUUAUUUAUGUCAGAUGCAUAUAUUUAUGAUUUGUUCAAAGCCUGUUCUUUUUUUAUUUAAAAAGUUAAAUGAAUGAAAAUUACAAAACAACUGUAGAAGGCAGCCAUUUUGGCAAUAUUUUUCUUUAAAUAUUCAUCAUCAUGUUGUUGUGGUCUCCCAUGAAAGUAGAUGUAUGUUAACUAUUUUUCUCACAGAACAAUGUCCUUUUCAUGUUAGCCUGUGAUGCCUAAACCCACUGUACAGUAGCAAUCAACAGUACAAGCAGCUGAAAACACCUCAUGGUUAGCAGUUAGGUGUUAAUUGGGUACCUUAUUACUUUUCUAACAAGUGCUACCAUUAAAUUCUCAUCACUGUUUGUGAGGUGGUGAAUGAAUGAAAAAGUAAAAGGAGAAAAGCGUAGAAACAUACAAUCAAUAAUCCUAAUUUUUCUAUUUGCAUGAUUAAUAAAGAAAAAGGAAAUUGUACCUUUCAUUGAGCAGUUAACUUAAUUAUCCAACAAAUUAUAUAUUUGGAAUUAAUUCUGAAAAGCAGCAAGAUCCUCGAAAUAUUCUUAAUGCUAAAUAUUACAAGCACGAGUAGAAUAAACUAUAUGUAACAUUUUACUGCCCUCUCAAUCUUUUGUUCUGGUUUUUUGCUCUAUAACUCAUUAGGAAGCUAAUGUGAGAAGGGAUUGACAAAUGUAGAAAACACACAAAAAAGUGUGUUGGAUUUGGGGAUUAAAAUGUUUCAGAAAUCUCUCUCCUUUGUUUGUGUUUUUCAGAAGUAUUGCAUGAAUAUUACUGUGGUGAAAAUUUGUUGAAAUAAACAGAGAAAAAAAAAUCUUUUUGUUGUUGUUGUU